AUGCUUUCUUUAUUAAAACAAACAAUUGUUAAUGGUAUUGCUGGUCGUUGUUAUUUAUGUUCACAAAAUAUACUUGCUGAAUGUGUUGGUAGUAAUCAGUCUGAUUCAUCUAUUUAUACAACUAUUCUUAAAUAUUAUACUGAACCAUGUAAUGGUCAAUGUAUAUUAUUUCGAAAUACAGAUCAUUCGAUUGUACGUGGAUGUUCAUGGACAUAUGGAUAUAUGACACCAAAAUCAAUUGGAUGGCAUGAAAUAAGUCCAGGUAUAAAAGUUUACUUUUGUAAUUCUCAUUUAUGUAAUAAUGGUACUUAUGAACAACCAGAAAUAUCAAUGAUAAAUAGACAAUUUAUUUUAUCACCUCAAGAUUUAUUUGUAUUAACAGGGAAUAAUCCUUCAUUGAUAGCAAAAGAACAAUAUUGGUCUCAUCAAUGCUAUUCAUGUACAGCACGUUUUCAAGGUUGUGGUGAAAUUUUAGAUCCACAUUAUGCAUCAAAUUAUAUUCGUCCAUGUCCAUCGAGUUGUAUUAUUUUCCGAAAUCCUAAUGAUCUUAAUUUAAUUACACGAGAUUGUUCAAUAUAUUGGCCACGAGUACAUGCUAAAAACGGUCUUCAUAAAUUACUUGGUUCGGAUGCAUUCUUUUGUCAAGAAUCUUUGUGUAAUGGGAUUAACUUCGAUUUCAUCAUAGGGAUUUUUUAUAAUCAAUUACCAGUUCCUACAAAUGGAAAUAUUUUAACAACAACAACAACAACAACUACAAUAAGAACAACUGUUGAUAUCUAUAAUGAUAAUGUAAUAUGGGAUGAUCCUGAUUUAGAUUUUAUUCCUAUUGAAUCAACAACAAUACCAGAUGUUUUAAAUCAUUUUUCUUCUUCUACUCCUAUUGAUCAUUUUGAUUUUAUUAAUCAAAUAUCUCCUAGUAGUACAAUUGUUGAUGAUUUAACUAAUGUACAAUCAAAUUUAACAUUAAGUUGGUGGAAUUUGAAUGAUACUUCCUUUUCAACAUUAAUGUCAUCAACUUUAGGAAUUGAUGAAGAAGAUUCAAUAAUAUUUAAUACAACUUCAAUAUCAUUAACUACACGAUUUGAACAUUUAUUAGAUGAUAAUGAUAGAGAAAAUAAUAAUAGUGAAGAAAUUGAUGAAGAAUUAAUAGAUUUAAAAUCUAAUAUAAAUGAUUAUAGUCUUUCUUCGACAUUAACAACAACAACAACAACAACAUCAAUUAUUGAAGAAUAUAUAAAACCAUUAUCAACAUUUCCUACAUCAUCAUUCUCUUGGUUAUUGAAUAUGACAGAACAAAAUAAAAGUCAAUUUUUAAAUUCAACAAUAACAAAUCACAAGCAAAAUGUUCAAUUUUUAAAUUCAACAAUAACAAAUCACAAGGAAAAUGUUCAAUUUUUACAUUCAACAAUCACAAAUCACAAGGAAAAUGUUCAAUUUUUACAUUCAACAAUAACAAAUCACAAGGAAAAUGUUCAGUUUUUAAAUUCAACAAUAGCAAAUCACAAGGAAAAUGUUCAGUUUUUAAAUUCAACAAUAACAAAUCACAAGCAAAAUGUUCAAUUUUUAAAUUCAACCAUAACAAAUCACAAGCAAAAUGUUCAAUUUUUAAAUUCAACCAUAACAAAUCACAAGGAAAAUGUUCAAUUAAUAAAUACAACAAGUAAAACAUCAAAUAUAUUUUAUGAAUAUUGUAAAAAUAAACAAUGUUAUCAUCAUGGACGUUUAAAUUCUGAUUGUUUAUGUAUUUGUCUACCUGCUUUUACAGGAGAUAAUUGUGAAACAGUACUUUGUGAACAAGAACCAACACAUAUUUGUGCUUUUAUACUUGAACAUGAAUGUCAGAUUGAUUAUAUUCAAUAUUUAUGUCCUAAAUUUUGUCAGAUGAAUAAUUGUUCUUCGUUAGAAAUGUAA